AUGGAUGAAGCAGAGUUGAAUCAAUUUCUGGAUCAAUAUUUCCUUGAGAAGGCGGUCAAGAAUAACUCGCCUUUGUUGAUUGAUGCCACUACACCCAUGUUUUCAGAAUCGAUGAGAGCACAUGGACAUAAAAAGAAGAGAUGUUCCAGAAUUAGGGAUGAUAAGUAUCUUCACAUGCGUGAUUACUAUAGCUCUGUUCCUGAACAUUUCAUUCAUGAUGGUUUUCAGAUCACCGAGUUGGAUGAACCAGAACCAUCGGCGUGGCAUCCAGCUGAUAUUCCAGAAGAUGAUGAUGACAAUGAUGAUGAUGACGCUAAUGAUCACAAUAAAAAUGAUGAUGAUCACCACAACAAUGGCAACCCUGACAAUGGAGAUGGCUAUAGUUCAGGGGGAUUUCAUCCAGAUGAUUAUCUGAGUGAUGAUUACACCACACCAAGAUCUUAUGCAACACAGAAUGGCUUUAGAGACAAUAGCAUUUAUGCGAAGGAAAGGUUUGCAGCUCCAGCUGCCAUGGCGACGGAAGAUGUCGUUGAAUCUGAUUUGCCAUCUGAAGGUACUUUUCAUACUCUUAAUUCGCAAUUUGCUAGAAAUGGUUAUCAAGGUUUUUUCCAAGGAGAAUCCUCUGCAUUAGAGAUGUCGGAUUCCUUUUACUUAAUCCCAGAUGUUCCACCACCAGAAGAUGCUUUAGACAACAUGGAUUAUGUACCAAGUAACUUUAUCCCCAAUGUCCCGGAUUAUCCCCCUUAUGCUGAUGUAAAUGUGUCUCCCAAUUUUGUUUUUGAUAUUGUACUGUCUGAUUCAGUUUUAGGCAGAAAGGAAGUAGCUUCCCCUGUAUCUCAGUCUUCAUCUAGUAUAGCUAUUCCCCAGUCUCCCUCCAGCGACAACCAUAUUGUAGAUUCUUUCCAGGAGACUCAUGAGUACUACUCAACACCAAGGAAGCAUCCCAGAUCAGCAGAGCAUGAGAGUGAUGCUGAUUCAGACACUACUGUUGACUCCCACAUGAUGAAGGUCAGAAAAUGUACCUCUGAUACAGAUGCAGGAACUCUACACAAGAAGAAUGUCCUCCUGCGGUAUACCACCAGGAAAUGUCAGCGUGCCAGGAUGCGAGGUUCUAGGAAUUUAAAGAAGGUUGCCAACAAGACCAACGCCCCCAAUGCUGGUCCAUGGCGCAUGGCAGUUGAAAUGGAUUAUAUACUUUCAUCUGAAGGUCACAGGAAGAGGAGGACAGGCCACAGAAGAAGCAGAACCCUUACACAGAACCACAGAGUCAACUCAGGAACCAGGCAACAGAAGAAAUGA